UUGUCAGAGCGACGGCAGAGCUACAGUCCAGACAAAUCUCUGUGUUUCUAUCUAAAGAAAAUUCAUCUGAGUUAAUCUGUUCUUUUUCAACAUCUGACUCAAAUACUGACAUGUCUGCUGCCAGCUGUCUACUAUUUGAAGAUCAGGUUCGAUGUUCCAUCUGUCUGGAUGUGUUCACUGAUCCAGUCUCUACAUCAUGUGGACACAACUUCUGCAAACACUGCAUCACUCAACACUGGGAUACUACUGAUAUAUACAAAUGUCCCCUGUGUAAUAAAGUGUUUGAGACAAGACCUGAACUUAAUAUCAACACUUUCAUCCGUGAGAUGGUUGCUCAGUUCAAACAUGAAGCUCAACACAGAAUGAAGACAGAAGAUAAAAUUCAGCAGAUGAUCCAGAAGAGACGACUAAAGAUUGAGGAGAUGAAAGAGUCAGUGAAGAUGAGUAAAGAUGCUGCAGACAGAGAGAAAGCAGAAGGUGUUCAGGUCUUCACUGCUCUGAAGGAGUCUGUUGAGAGAGGACUGGACCAGCUCAUAAAGGAGAUCGAAGACAAACAGAAAACAACAGAGAAACAGGCUGAAGGUUUCAUCAAAGAUCUUGAACAGGAAGUCUCUGAGCUGAUGAAGAGGAGCUCUGAGGUAAAGCAGCUCUCACACUCACCCCACCACCACCCCCACCUCCUCCAAAGCUUCUCCUCCCUGAAAGCUGCUCCACCUACCAAGGACUGGACAGAGGUCAGCGUCCGUCCACCAUCAUAUGAGGGGACUGUGGUGAGAGCUGUGACGCAGUUGGAGGAGACACUCAGUAAAGAAAAGAAGAAAGCUGAGCUGAAGAGGGUCCAGCAGUAUGCAGUGGAUGUGACUCUAGAUCCUGAUACAGCACAUCCUGAACUCAUUCUGUCUGAUGAUAGAAAACAAGUUCACUGUGGUGACGUGAGGAAGAAUCUUCCAGACAACCCAGAGAGAUUUUCUCAUUGUCACAAUGUUUUAGGAAAGAAGAGUUUCUCUUCAGGCAGAGUUUACUUUGAAGUUCAUGUUAAAGGAAAGACUGACUGGACUGUAGGAGUGGCCAGAGAGUCAAUUAACAGGAAGGGAAAAGUCACUCUGAGUCCUGAGAAUGGUUUGUGGACUAUAUGGUUGAGAAAUAGAAAUGAGUACAAAGCUCUUUCUGGUCCUCCAGUGUGUCUCUCUCUUGGUUCUUGUCUUGAGAAGGUGGGGGUGUUUGUGGAUUAUGAGGAGGGUCUGGUCUCCUUUCAUGAUGUAGAUACUGCAGCUCUUAUCUACUCCUUUACUGGCUGCUACUUCACUGACAAACUUUACCCAUACUUCAAUCCUUGUUUGAAUGAUGGAGGUAAAAACUCUGCACCUCUGAUCAUCUGCCCUGUCAAUCAAACUAUCUGAUACGUUUAAUGAUGCUUUGAGAUCAAUGAAUGAACAUAUUGAUCUUCACCCUUUAUUCACACUCAUACAUAUAUAACGUACAUAUAUAACGAUAUCAGUGGAUUACAGAGAUACGGGACAAACUGAUGAUGAUGACGAUAUUUCAUUGUGAAUUAAUGUCAUUAAUGUUCUCAUUCCUUCUUUCUUCAGUUCAUCAGUUUAGAUUUAAUGGUUGUUGGACCUUUUACUUGUUUUAAUGUUUUUACUCUGUUGAUUCAUGAAACUCUUGUGUGGAAUUUGUGAUAAUUGUAAAACGAGCGUCAAUUAAAGUCCUAGAACUGUGAACUAGAUCGUGUCUGUGUCAUGAGGAGAGUUUGUUGAAGACAAGAAUCUCAAACUCCUCAACAGGAGU